UUAACUUCUACUGUGUCGCCCUCUAGACUCUAGUGUUUACGAAAUAGAUUUAUAAAUCUUUUACUAAAAGCGCGAAAAUGAAAGUUGAAAAAAUUUCAGCAUUUUCGGUUUUUAAGAAAAGAAGAAAAGUUGAGGGAUCUAGUGACCAUGUUGUUUCAAAUGUUACACCUGACCUUUCAAGUUCCAGUAGAAAAAGAAAAAUGGCAAAAAACCGCUAUUCAACAGGGGACAUUACAGGUGAGGAAGAACCAUCCAAAAUGAAUAGCCGGUUAAGCAAAAAUCUAGAGAGACAGAGCCUGUCAGAUAAAACCCUCAACAAUAUCUACCAAAAUACAGAUUUUUUACUGAAACAGUCUGACACUCAGUUAAAGAAAAAAUGCAGCAGAAAAGCAUUAGCUAAUAAUCACGGACAGAAAAGAAAAAGUAUUGGGAAGGAACUAAAAGAAAAAACCACUAAUGGAGCAGUAAAAAAGGAGAAAGCUGGAUUCAAGUUUAAAGAAAAAGAACCUCCAACUCAUCCAGGAUCUGCUGGAGCACCAAACCUAGUUGAACCAUCUUCAGACUCUUCACAUUACAUGUAUAAUAGUGCCAGUGAAGGAAAAAAAUGUUUUGAGUGGGUUAUCCAACCUGUAAAACCGUCAAAGUUUUUUGGUGAAUUAUGGGAAAAAAAACCAUUACUAGUGAAGAGACAUAAUCAAGACUAUUUUAAAAAUCUUUUUAGUUCGAAAGACCUGGACCGAAUUUUACGGGAGAAACACCUGCAGUUCAGUAAAAAUAUCGAUAUAACUUCUUACGUUAAUGGAAAAAGAGAAACUCAUAAUCCAGAUGGCCGAUGUUAUGCACCUGUAGUAUGGGAUUUCUAUCAGAAUGGUUGCUCUGUACGCUUACUAAACCCACAAACAUAUAGUCGUACAGUGUGGAAGUUGUGUUCAGUAUUGCAAGAAUACUUUGGAAGUUUUGUAGGAGCCAAUGUAUACCUAACACCAGCUGGAACUCAAGGAUUUGCUCCUCAUUAUGAUGACAUUGAAGCUUUUAUUCUUCAGCUUGAAGGUAAAAAGUUGUGGAAGCUGUACAGCCCAAGGUCACCAUCUGAAGAACUUCCUCGUUAUUCAAGCCGUAAGUUUACAUUAGUAAAAACAGGACAUUGAAUAUGAAUUGUUGUGAUCUAUAAUAUAGUUAUUU